AUGAUAUUACUAAUAAUUUUAGCACUUAUACUUGAUUUAUUCUAUCGAAUAUAUCGAUAUAUUUUUCCACAUCCAAAUAUUGAUCCAACAGGAAAAUAUGUUCUUAUUAGUGGUUGUGAUACUGGAUUUGGUCAUGAAUUAGCUAUUGAACUUGAUAAACAAGGUUUUAAUGUUCUUGCUGGUGUUUUCGUUCCUGAUAAUGUAAUCACUCUUAAAGACAAACUUUCAUCAAAAGCUACUGUCUUUCGUCUUGAUAUUACUAAACAAGAAGAUAUUGAUGACGUAUUUAAAUUAGUACAAGGAAAAACUAAUACACUUCAUGCUCUUGUGAAUAAUGCUGGUAUUAGUACAAGUGGUUUUAUUGAUUGGAUAACUAUAGAAUAUAUGCGUAAAAUAAUGGAUGUUAAUUUUUUUGGACAUGUUGCAAUGACAAAAAAAUUUUUACCUUUACUCAUAGCAAAACGUAAUUCGCGUGUUAUUAAUAUUUGUUCGGUAGCUGGUAUUAUUACUAUACCAACGAAAUCUGCUUAUUCAGCAUCAAAAUAUGCACUGGAAUCAUUUUCUGAUUGUCUUCGUCGUGAAAUGGCUCCAUGGGGUUUAUGUGUUAGUGUCAUUGAACCUGGACCAAUGCGAACACCUAUUAUUGAAAGACACGAUCAGUAUAUGAAUAAAUUCUGGAAUGAAUUAUCAACAGAUGUUCAACAACGAUGGGGUGAAGAUUUUCUUAAAAUUCAAGCAAAAAAAUUAACCGCAAAUUUUCUUUAUCGUUAUGCUGAAGAUCCAAGUAAAGUUGUACAAGUACUUCAACAUGCAGUUAUUAACUCUAAGCCUGAAAUAAGAUAUCGACCUGGUUGGCAAUCAAAAUAUUUCUUUUAUCCAUUAUCCAUGAUGCCUGCUCGAUUAGCAGAUCUUAUUUUACAUCGUGCAAGUUAUUCGGGCUUGCUUCCUGCAGGUGCACGAAAACCACAUAUAGAAUAG